AAAGUUGAAAGUUGAAAUUUGAAAUUUGAGUUGAAAGUUGAAACUUGAAACUUGAAAUUUGAAAUUUCAGUUGAAAGUUGAAAUUUCAAUUGAAUUCAAGUUUCAAGUUUGACAUAUAUGGUAAGAUAUGGCAAAUUUCAAUAUAAUUUAAUCUCAUAAGAUUUCUAUCUUAACUUUUAAGAAUUUAACUUAAAUAUUCGCCUCGUUUGUUUUUGUUAUCUAGACAAACAAAUUUAAUGAGACUAUUUGAAAUCGAGAGUUUUUAUAUUGAUAGAUCUAGUUAUCAAUAGAUUAUCAUUAAAAUUUCAGCUUGAAAGAAAUGUUUUAUUUGCUGAGAUACAAAUGUCUUCAAAAUCAUUUAUAUUACAGGAAAGAUGUUAAAAUUUUCUCUUAUUUAGAACAUUGACAUCUUGCCAAAUAAGCGUGUAAGUGUUGGUGUCAUUAUAGGUUUUCUCUGCAUGCAAAUCCACAUUCUAAUUGAAUGUUUUUGUUUUUUAGUAAAUAAAAUAUUUAGAGUAAAGAAUCAAAAAUAAUAAUGUUUAAAAAAGAGAAAAAAUAAAUAAAAGAAAAAAAAGUUUUUAGGUCCAAAAGUGGUAUCUCGACGUAUAACAGUGUCUCAUUUAUUAUCGAUAAAUAAUAUAUUAAAACGUCGUGUUAUUAUUUGGGAUAAUUUAAAUGCAAAUGAUUAUGAUCAACGUCGUUUAUGUAUGGGACCAUAUUCAGGUCGGUCAUUAAAUAUUUCAAAACAAAUAUGUGGAAUAUUAUUAAAUCCAAAUUGUGAAUUUGAAUUAAAUUUUGUUCCAUUACAUACUCUUGGUCAAUGGUUUAAAUUAAUAAAUAUGAAUGAAAAAGAAUAUCAAUUUGAUGAUGAUGAUGAUGAUAAUCAUCAAGAUUUUCUUCAAACAUCUUCUAUGUAUGAAGUUGAUAAAGCAUUUCACAAAUCAUUAAUUGAUUGGUUACCAGAAUUUAAUAAAAUAAAAUCAGCCAAUGAUUCACAACAAAAUUUUAAAAUUGAUAAUUCUCCUCAAGGAAUGAGUCCAAAAUCGUUAAUAUCAUCAUUAACAACUGAUGAAGAUUGUCAAGAAUCAUUAAAUGAAAAUCUUAUAGUUUGCACAUCAUCAUCAUCAUCAAAACCUCAUAUAAUGGAAUGUGAUCAUAAUAAAAAUAAUAUUUAUUUAACAAUUGAUGAUAUUCGUUUACUUGUUGAAUUAUUUUAUUUACCUUAUCAACAUGGACCAAAUGUUCAACAAGUAUUUAUGGAUUUCUAUUGGCUUAGAUUUAAUUAUAAUCGAAAUCAAAAUGUAAGAAACAAAUUAACAAAAACAAACGAAGAUUUACUUAGAGUUAACCAAAAGUUUUAA